CGAAGAAAGCAUGGUCGUCAUAUAUGCUCGAGACGUACCACGAGCGGAAGUCUCUCGCGAUCCCGAGCUUCUACUUUGACGACCUCGAGCGCGAGGCCCGCGAGAAGCUCAAGGAUCGCAAAGACGCGUUCUUGUACGUAUUUGGCAGCGCGGGCAAUUGUUCAGCUGAGCACUGGAAUCGGAGCGAGAUGGAAAGGUGGAGAAUCAUCUCGCGCAUGCUUCGGGACGCGACCGAGCGGAGCCUCGAGACCACCUUAUUUGGCGUCAAGUACAGCUCGCCCUUGCUCGUUGCGCCCGUAGGCGUCCAGGGGAUUGUGCACCCAGACGGCGAGAUUGCGACGGCGAAAGCGGCAAGGAACGUAGGGGUGACGUACAUCAUGAGCACGGCAUCCACGCGCACAAUCGAAGCUGUCGCUGAGGCUAGUGGCGACGGACAUCGCUGGUUCCAACUGUAUUGGCCGGUUAACCAGGCCUACACGCUUUCAAUUUUACAGCGCGCUAAGAAGAACGGCUAUACGGCUCUCGUCAUCACCUUGGACACGAUGCUCCUCGGUUGGCGUCCGCACGACCUGCAAACGUCCUAUUUGCCGUUUUCGCAGGGCGUCGGCGUUCAGGUUGGGCUCUCGGACCCGGUUUUCAUGAAAUCUAUCGGCGAGGAGCCGAUCCUGGACGUGCCCGAGUUCCCGUACGACCCGAAGAAGGUUGAGAGGCGCCUCAAGGAGGGAGACGAAAAGACGGAACGAGCCGUCAACGCAGGCUUACAGUGGAUGCGCGACAUUCACUCUGGCACGUUCAAAACAUGGGAGGACAUCAAGCUUGUCCGUGAUAACUGGGAGGGGCCGUUAAUAUUGAAGGGGAUCUUGUCCGUUAAGGAUGCCGAGCUCGCUAUGAACUAUGGCGUCGACGGGAUCGUCGUGUCUAACCACGGUGGCAGACAGGUUGAAGCAUCGGUACCUGCGAUCUGGGCGCUCGAGAAGAUCUGCUCGUCGCCGAAGAUCAAAGACGCUCAAAAGAGCGGAAAGCUCACCGUGCUCUUUGACUCGGGCAUCCGCACAGGCUGCGACAUCAUCAAGGCCAUCGCACUCGGUGCGCAAGGCGUGCUGCUCGCUCGGCCGUACAUGUAUGGCCUGGCUGUGGCUGGACAGGCGGGUGUUGAACAGGUCCUGAAGGCGAUACUUGCAGAUCUGGAUAUCUCGCUCGGUCUGUCAGGAUACAAGAAUUUGCAGGAAAUUUAUGGCCGGGCGGACGAGGUACUUGUCAAGCUCGGUGGGGAUUCUCGCUUAUGAUAGAAUGGUCCCGGUCUUUUGCACUUAUAUUGGAUAUUCGUAUACCGGGAAUGUGAAGUAGAGUUUGAG